AUGUUUCAAGAGGUAGUAGUAGUCUUACAGAGGGAAAUGGAACUCAGCUAUGCCUCUUUCUCCAGCAUCACCUGCAAGAAUGACUGUCGAGAGAUCCAUGCGACGUGGAACCAGCUGGAUCUCGUCGGCCGAUCAUUGGCACGACGAACUUUGACGCAGAAGCGACAGAUUAAGGAGAUGUAUCGAGCCAUGUACGGUCAGGACUUGGUUGAACAUCUUCAGGAAACUCACCUGGCCAACUCGACCAAUGAGAUGUGCCGUGUGUUGUAUCUGUGGAUGCUCGAGCCGCAUGAACGAGAUGCUGUAGUCGCAAAGGAUGCACUUGAGGGAAGAGUCUUGGAUUACAAGGCCCUCGUUGAGAUCUACACUCGGCAAAAAAUGAACCAUCUCUUCUUCACCAAGCAAGCAUAUGUAACCAAGUUCAAGAGGCACUUGGACCAGGACAUGAUUUCUGAGCCAUCUAACUCAUAUCAGAAGUUUUUGCUGGCUCUUGCUGCAUCCCAACAGUCACACCAGACCGAUGUAAGUCAACACAUUGCCAAAUGUGAUGCUAAGAGGCUAUAUGAAGCAAGACAUUGCAGUAGAGAGGCAAGUGAUGAAUCUAUCAUCCUUGAGAUUUUCAGUAAGAGAAGCAUCCCCCAACUAAGGUUGGCACUCUCUAGCUACAAACAAAUCUAUGGGCAUGAAUAUUGCAAAGCACUGAAGAAAGAAGCAAGUGGAGAAUUCAAGCAAGCACUAAGGGCAGUCAUAAAAUGCAUCUACGAUCCUUCUGAGUACUACUCCAAGAUGAUUAACAAAAGUAUAAACAUGGGAGCCACUGAUAAAAGAGUUCUGACCAGAGUUAUGAUAGGAAGCACCUCUGCAGGCAUGAAAGAGGUGAGAUCGUCCUUUGAGAGGAGAUAUGGAAGGAAGCUACAGGAUGCCAUUUGUGAGAGCCUUUCUGAUGGGGAUUACAGAGACUUUAUUCUGGCCUUGACCAAUAUCCCUAGCUCUUCUUCUUUCUGA